AUGCUCUUGCAGCCUGCCUCAGCUUCGGCGUUGGUGCGUGGCAGCGGUGCCAGCUCGAAGCAGCUGACUAGAGUCAUGCAGCAACAGCACAGCGGCAAAGUCUUCUCCCACCUGGCCCUUGCCGCUAAGCGCUCCUUCUCGAGCACGACAGGUGCACAAUCCGAGCUUCGCAAACCACCGCACCUGCUCUCCUUAGCGGAUCUGAGCGUGCCUCAGAUCUCGUCCAUCCUCGAAAGAUCAGCCGAGCUCAAGUCCAUAUCUCGAGCUUCCGACUUGGCAUUCUCUUCGUCUCCUGCCGCGGGCAAGUAUCAAGGAGGUCGCAUCUUACCCCAAUCACUUCAAGGCAAGAAUGUCGCCGUCAUCUUCUCCAAGCGAAGUACUCGAACUCGAGUGGCUAGCGAGACCAGCAUCGCUUCAUUGGGUGGUCAUCCUCUGUUUCUCAGCUCUGCAGAUAUCCAAUUAGGAGUGAACGAGAGCUUGUUCGACACUUCAAAAGUGGUCAGCUCCAUGUGCGAUGGCAUCAUGGCCCGGGUAGGAGGACACGAGGAGGUGGAGCUUUUGGCCAAGCACUCGAGAGUCCCCGUCAUCAAUGCCCUCUCUGCCCGAUAUCAUCCUACGCAAAUCUUGGCUGACCUCUUGACCAUGCUGGAGGAUCCGGUCAUCGGUGGCACUAGUUCGGCAUCACUGGAUACGCUCAGAGGGAUCAAAGUGGCUUGGAUCGGCGACAGCAACAACAUCCUCGCCGACAUGCUCGUCGCCUUUCCUAGACUAGGAAUCCAUCUCAGCGUCGCAACGCCGCAAGGCGAUCAGUACAAGAAGGACGAGAUCGUGUGGCAGGAUAUGCAGGACGGCUUGAAAGAAGAGACGAGCUACGAAAAGGGAAAGGUCGAGUGGGGCAACGAUCCGCUGGCUGCUGCGAACAAUGCGGACAUCGUUGUCACCGACACCUGGUGAGUUGCCGAACUUUUGUCCUGUCUGAAUCGUCAGCACGGUGUUCUGGCGUGCUCCCAAGUCACUGACAGCGCAGCGCAUCUCCGGCUACGUCUGCUCUUAUAGGGUAUCCAUGGGUGACGAAUCUCAGAAGACUCAACGUCUGAAAGAUUUCUCGGGCUUCCAAAUUACCGAGUCCCUCCUUCAAAAAGCAGGCGCCAAAAAGUCUGCUCGAUUCAUGCACUGCCUGCCCCGGAAGCCCGACGAGGUGGAUGAUGAAGUCUUCUAUGGACCUCGUAGCAUCGUCUUCGAGGAAGCCGAAAACCGAAAGGUAAGUGUCGCGAGGUGACGUCAUGCAGCACGAUCGUCUGUACCGCCUCCAGCAAGUUCUGUGCUGACCACUUGACCAUCUCGUAGUGGACUAUCAUGGCUUUAUUCGAUCGUAUGAUCGGCGAAUGGAAGUAUUAG